GCAGCGCAAAUCAACUUCCGGGUCACGGGGUUAAAAGCUGAAGUGUUUUGGUUUAGAAGUCUUCCUCAAUGUUAGCCAGUUAGUUUGGAACAAGUCUUUUUAUUGAUGUCACUUUACCCUCGCCAGUAGCAGUAGAGAUGGAUGCUCUGCACAGACACCGCUCACUUUAUAAAGGGACGACUCCGCCAUGGAAAGAAACCUACCGCCAGCGCUGUGUAGACAGGCUGAAGAACAGCCGGUCCAGGCUGCUGCAGAGAUACCGUCAGGUGGGAGAGAGCCAGCAGCAGAGGGGCUCCGGCUCCGGGGCCUCCGUCAUCGUCCAGGAGGUGAUGGAGGAGGAGUGGACUGCCCUGCAGGCAGAGGACCGGAGACUGGCCUCGCUGUGGGGGUCAGAGGGGUCAGAGGGCAUGGCAGAGAUGUUCAGUGUCAUGAAGGAGUACGAUGAACUAGCAGUACUGGAAGAAAUCCAACAGGAACUAAUGUCUCAUGAAAUGUCUAUUAUUGAAGAAUACGAGAGGAACCUGCAGUUUGAGCAGCAGUGCAUAUCAUCUGUUGUGGAGGGGAUGGAGGAGACGCAUAUUAUUUGCCCCAUAUGUCACACGAACAACUUGACCAUCAACAACUAUUUCAUCUCCUGCCCCUGUGGACUGUACAUUAACACUAAGAAUCAGAACAUCACCCCCGAUGUCCUGCGGCUUCUUCUGGAGUCCAGGGUGUCGGAGCACAUGGAGGACUGUCUCCACAACCCUGUUUUCUCUGUAGCUCCCAACACAGACAGCUCCCCCAACCUGAUGAUAAGCUGCAAGGUGUGUGACUACCUGUCCAUUGUCCUGUGAAAGCAGCUAUGAGUGACCUUAACUCGUCUGAUUUUGAGUUUUACUGUUUUAUGCUCUCUGUUGUUUUGUGAAAUAAAGACUAUUUUUUAUAUUUAA